AUGAUGAAUGUGCCUCAUAUAUUGGUCAAUACGUCUGGUGUGCAAGCCGGUGUGCUGUGGAGGUGGAGUGGGCUUGCGAUGAGAGGUGCGAAGUGUUGGGGGAAGGGUGUUCCAAUGGUCGGGUCAAGAGCGCGUGGUGUGUCGCCACAGGUGUGGAGAUAUCGCAGUUUCAGUACAUCGCCGCUGAUAGGAGACAAAAAACAGAAGAAAGCGGAUGUUUAUCCGGAGGACUCUGUCGCUGAUGCGAAGGAUGGGUCGUUGCAGAAUGAUCAAAAGGGGUCCGCAGGCGCCACAGGCUCAGUCGAAUCUCCAAAGAAGGCUAAGCUUGGUGCUGGUGUAGAACCGGUCAACCACGCGCUGCUCGCGACGAGGGAACAGGAUGCUAAUAGGAAUAUCACCAGCCCUGAAGCGCAGGCUACGUUUUACAGGCUGCUGCUCAGGGCUAACUACCCACAGUACGUCGUCUCCAGAUUCGAGACGCCAGGGAUUGCCUCCUCUCCGGAGUGUAUGGAACUGUACAUGGAGGCACUGCAGAGAACGGGGAGACACGCGGAGGCAGACGCAGUGAGGCAACGAUUACUUACGGCAAGUUCUGCCGGUGCAGUCAACCCGUCGCUGGCGUCUUCGGAUACAGCGUCCAAUAGCUACCCGUCCAAUAACUUCCCGUCGAUGUACUCCCCAUUCUACGGCUCCAGGAAGGAACCGCUACAUGUCGUCGUCUCUGAGUCCACCGCAAGCGUAGUCUCGAGAUGGAUCAAGUGGCUCGUCGUGCUUGGACUACUAACUUACGGUGUGUCUGAAACUUUCAAGUACAUCAGUGAAAAUACUACACUUUUGAAAAACUCUGAAGUUGCCGAUAAGUCGGUAGACGUUGCAAAGACAAACGUGAAAUUUGAUGACGUCAAGGGCUGUGACGAAGCGCGCGCGGAACUGGAGGAAAUUGUCGAUUUCUUGAAGGACCCAACAAAGUACGAGUCCCUGGGCGGGAAACUGCCCAAGGGUGUGCUGCUGACAGGUCCGCCAGGUACAGGUAAGACACUGCUCGCGAGGGCGACCGCGGGGGAGGCCGGCGUGGACUUCUUCUUUAUGUCCGGUUCCGAGUUCGACGAAGUGUACGUUGGUGUCGGUGCGAAACGUAUCCGGGAACUGUUUGCCCAGGCCAGGGCUCGCGCACCAGCUAUUAUAUUCAUCGAUGAGCUAGACGCCAUUGGUGGUAAGAGGAAUCCGAAGGACCAAGCGUACGCAAAGCAAACACUGAACCAGCUGUUGGUCGAGUUGGACGGGUUUUCUCAAACUUCGGGUAUUAUUAUUAUCGGUGCCACCAAUUUCCCAGAAUCAUUGGACAAAGCGCUGACGAGACCAGGGAGGUUCGAUAAAAUAGUGAAUGUUGAUUUACCAGACGUGAGGGGCCGUGCUGAUAUUCUGAGAUUGCACAUGAAGAAAAUCACAAUGGCGACAGAUGUUGAACCAACGAUUAUCGCACGGGGUACCCCAGGACUGUCAGGUGCCGAGUUGGCGAACUUGGUGAACCAGGCCGCAGUGUAUGCAUGUCAGAAGAACGCAAUCGCGGUAGACAUGUCUCACUUCGAAUGGGCUAAGGAUAAGAUCUUGAUGGGCGCCGAGAGGAAAACCAUGGUCCUUACGGACGCGGCAAGGAAAGCGACAGCUUACCACGAGGCAGGACAUGCAAUUAUGGCUCUGUACACCAUGGGGGCCACACCGUUGUACAAAGCCACCAUUUUACCCAGAGGCAGAGCCCUCGGUAUCACAUUCCAACUCCCUGAGAUGGAUAAAGUUGACAUCACGAAAAAGGAAUGCGCAGCGCGUCUUGACGUGUGCAUGGGUGGUAAGAUAGCAGAGGAACUGAUCUACGGGAAGGAUAACACCACCAGUGGCUGCGGUUCCGAUUUGCAAAGUGCUACAAACACUGCAAGAGCGAUGGUCACAGAAUACGGUAUGAGUGACGACGUUGGCCCCGUCAAUUUGGCGGAACACUGGGAUAGUUGGUCGGGCAAGAUUAGGAGUGUAGCGGAUAACGAGAUUAUUCAACUCUUGAAGGCUUCGGAGGAAAGGACAAGACGCCUGUUGUCGAAGAAAAGUGUGGAGCUUGGCAGGCUUGCCCAAGGUUUGAUAGAAUACGAAACGUUGGACGCGAAAGAAAUUGAGAAAGUCUGUAAGGGUGAACCCAUCGACAAACUGAAAACCUCGACGAACAGGGUUGUCGACGGCCCAGAUAGUGACGAACGGAAAGAUAUUGGAGGCAACAAACCAAAAAUACCUACUCUUAUAAAUGUCUCGUAA